AUGUUUAUGAUGUUGGGCGACAUCGACUCGGGCGGCCACGGAGUUGCCGCUGGCCCGUGGACCAACGAUCUAUCUGACCGAGGCUGGCGGGUUGGCAGUACGGUGGAUUCGGAGUUUACCGAGCUGUCUGGCGCCUGCUUUGUUUCAACAGACACGAGUCCCUUCGGAGUCUUGACUCGUUUCCAUACCAGGCAGGGUCGAUAUGAACGCUGA